GGACUCUUACUGUGAAGUCGCUGCCCGAGGCCGCGACUGCUGACUCACGGUGACUGUGCCGCUCUCCUCGGUCCAGAACCGGGGCCGAGAGGACGAGGAGAGGACGAAGUGAGACGAGGUGAGGGGGUAACGACGCGCGGGGGUGGGAAGAGAAAGAGGUGAAGCGGGAGAGACGAGGAGUGAUGAGGUUGCGAUCUCGAGACAGCCUUUGCGGGCUGGAGAUGAUGCCCUGGGAGUUGUCUCACUAGACAGCAGCAAUUGCCGAGUGAUGGGUGCACGUGGUGGAUCCGAAAACGCCACCUCCAACGGCACUGCACAACUGCGGCCGACAACCAUAAUCAUAGUCACAACUAUAGCCACAACCUCAAACGCACCCUUAGCUGAGCAACCUGAACCGUGAUCAACGAUAGUGACCACACCUGUUUUGGUGUCUCCGAUUCACAACGACACAACAAAAUCAAUCACACUGGUACAUAUAUUCUCCAACAGCCCGCCAAAACCACAAUCGACCUCAUCUGCCCCUGUGUCUCAACGCAUUUCACCGUAUCUCCCGCUGCCACCUUUCUCCUCCUGUGACUUCCAUAUCCUCCUAUCUUUUUCCGCCGUCCUGUGUCUUGUGCCUCCCUUCUUCUUCCUGUGCUUUCCUUCUUCCUGUAUCUCCUCGUUCCUCUCUUAAUCCGUGUGCCCCACCAGUAUUCCAACCGUGCCGCCCCCGGCCCGUAUCUCCCUGGCCAUGUCUGAGGACCGUGACUGCGACUCCCCGUGCCCCCCAUAUCUCCCCACGCCGUCCCCGGGGAAUCAGUGUGGCUCAGAACCAUGGGGCUGCGGGGCGGUGGUGCUGCCCUCCAUGCGGGGCGCCGGCGUUCUUGACUACUCGCUUGAAGGCCACGCCGUCUCCGCUUUCACCGUGCUCAACGAUCUACGGCUGCGCAGGCAGCUGUGUGACGUGACGCUGCGUGUGCGGGCCGGUGGGGACGAAAAGGACGUGGAGGCGCACAAGGUGGUGCUGGCCUCCUGUAGCCCCGUGUUCCGAGCCAUGUUCACAGCUGGGCUGAAGGAGAGCGCCAUGGAGGUUGUCACCAUAGAGGGCGUCCACCCCAAGGUGAUGGAGCGGCUGGUGGAGUUUGCGUACACGGCGCGCGUCUCCGUGGGCGAACGUUGUGUGCUGCACGUGAUGAGCGGGGCCGCCAUGUACCAAAUGGACGCCGUCGUCACCGCCUGCUGUGACUUCCUGCUCAAGCAGCUGGACCCGAGCAAUGCCAUCGGCAUCGCCAGCUUCGCCGAGCACAUCGGCUGCACGGAGCUGCAGAGGGGCGCGCGCGACUACAUCUACCGGCACUUCAGCGAGGUGUGCAAACAGGAGGAGUUCUAUAACCUGUCCCACUGCCAGCUGCUGACUCUGAUCAGCCGCGACGAGCUGAACGUGCGCUGCGAGUCGGAGGUCUACAACGCGUGCCUCGAGUGGGUUCGCUACGACUGCGCCAACCGUCGGCCCUACAUACACGCCCUGAUCAACGCCGUGCGCUGCCACUCUCUCACACCCAGCUUCCUGCAGGCUCAGCUACAGAAGUGUGAGCUGCUGAGGUCAGACUCUGCUUGCAAGGACUACCUGGCACGCGUCUUCCACGAGCUCACGCUGCACCAGCCCAGCGCCUGCGCAGCCAAAGGCCGCACCCCUGCCGUGCCCCAGCUCGUAUACACGGUGGGCGGGUACCUACGCCAGUCCCUGCCGAGCGUGGAGGCGUGGUGCCCCGGCCGCACGUCGUGGCUGCGCCUGUCCGACCUGCCGGUGCCGCGCUCGGGGCUGGCGAGUUGCGUGGUGCACGGCCUGCUCUACGCCGCUGGCGGCCGCAACAACUCCCCCGACGGCAACACCGACUCGUCGGCGCUCGACUGCUUCAACCCCAUGAGCAACCAGUGGACCCGCCGGCAGCCCAUGAGCGUGGCGCGCAACCGUGUCGGCCUCGGCGUCAUCGACGGGCUCAUCUACGCCGUGGGGGGCUCUCACGGGUGCAUGCACCACAGCAGCGUCGAGAGGUACGAUCCUGAGAGAGAUGAGUGGUCUCGGGUGGAGCCCAUGUCCACAGCCCGUAUCGGCGUCGGCGUGGCCGUUCUGAACAGGUUGCUGUACGCUGUAGGAGGGUUUGACGGGGUGCACCGACUCUCCUCGGUUGAGUGUUAUCAUCCUGAAAACGAUGCGUGGCUUCCGGUCGCCUCCAUGGGAACCGUGCGCAGUGGAGCAGGAGUGGUUGCGCUGGACCGAUACAUCUAUGCGCUGGGUGGCUAUGACGGCGUGGAGCAGCUGGACAGCGUAGAGCGCUACGACCCGGAGACGGACAUAUGGACGCCCGUGUCUCACAUGAGACAUCGCAGAUCCGCGCUGGGCGUCACUGUCCUUGGGGGGAAGAUCUACGUGCUGGGCGGCUAUGACGGACAGGCGUUCCUUGCCAGUGUCGAGAGUUACGACGCCGAGUUGGACACCUGGACUGAGGAGACGCCCAUGGCGUCUGGGCGCAGCGGCGCCGGUGUCUCCGUCACCAUGGAGCCCUGUCUCGCCCGUCUCGAGUACUGAGAUAUAAAGACACAGGGACAUGGACCCAGAGACAAGGAGACACAGAAACGACCGUGGCGUUUGAGCAGACCGGGGCCUGCUGUCUUUCCAUUACCAUGGAGCCCUGUUUUUGCUGUCUCGAGUACUGAGACUCGAGGACACUGGGACAUGGAAGCACGAAGACACAGGAACACAAUGACACAAGGACACAGGCACAACCACUUUGUUUAAGGAGACUGAGACUGGUGUCUCUUUUUCUAUGGAGCCCUGUGUCUUCCGUCUUGAGUCCUGAGACACGGAGACAUGAAGACACGGGGACAUGGGACAACAGGGAGGCACAAAAACAUGGAACACAUGGGGAUAUGGAGACACAUGCAUAUGAAAGAUUUCAGAUGUGGGUGUGAAAAAAUGAAAACUAUGAUACAGAGAGACAAGGAAAUAUGGACACGGAGCCAUGGAAACUUGGAGAUAUGAAAACGUGGAGAUGCAGAGACAAGGAGAUGGGGAAACAGAGAUAAUGAGGGAGUCUGAUGAGUGUGGUUGGUCACAAACACUUGUGACCCAUUCACCUUUAAACUGAUGUAGAUCCAGUGGGUGGUAACAACCCCCCCCCCUUACACUUUCCUGGCUCAGUGACCGUUUAACCAAUCAUGACUUAGUGACCGGUCACAACCACAGAGCCAUCACGCCACCGGGACUGAUGAUGAACCCAAUGACUGAUGAUGACCCUGAACUGAAUGUGACCCUUGGGAGAUAGUGACCCAAUAACCGGUCACGACCUCUGGACGCUGGCGUGGAAUAAUGGUUGCCAUUUUGAAUUUCCCUUCUGAGAUGGAGUCACGACGAUGAUGUCGAUGAUGAUGUCACAUCUGUUAAUUGUAAUGAUAAUGUUGAUAUUGGUGGUGAUGAUGGUCACAUUUAUAAUUGUGAUGUCGAUGUUAAUAUGUUGAUGAUAGUUAUGUUUGUGAUGUUGAUGAUGUGUGAAUGACGGUGAUGAUGUUCAUGAUGAUGAAAUAAUUUGCUGCUUUAAAUAAAGAAGUCGGACAUGAA